AUGGGGGUGGAUGAUGGGUCGGUUCCAAUGGUGAAGAAGUUUUCGGAGCAUCUUCACGCGGUUCUUUUGGAGUCCGGUUUCAUCGGAUUCGAUUCAGUCUCGGGCAUGCAGGUUGACCGGAUUCAUCUUGCGGAAGAAUGGCCUUCGAACGCUUUCACAGUGUCGCUCAAGUACACUCUACCUGAGCUUCUAGGAUAUGGGGGCCAUUAUAAUUUCGGUAAUGUGGUUGAAAGUGUUGUUUUGAAGUUUCAGAGUUUAGGGCGCUUGGUCACUAUCUACGGGUCUUUGGCUAAGGGCGGGUCGGGGUUGUAUCAGGUGUGUUUGAAUGAGAAUCGGUUUGUGCCGGCGAUCAGUUUAGCUAAUAAUAGUGAAGAAAAAAAUGAAAGUGAGAUUUUUGAGUUUUGGAAGAUGGUGAAGGAUGGGCUCGUAUUGCCACUUUUGAUUGAUCUUUGUGAAAGGACUGGUCUCGGCCUUCCACCGUGCUUUAUGCGCCUCCCGGCAGAGCUUAAACUUAAGAUUUUGGAAUCUCUUCACAGUGUCGAUCUCGCAAAGGUGGGAUGCGUGUGCUCCGAAUUGAGGUAUUAG